AUGGCAUCGGCGAUAUCAUUUGGCGAGUCAAACUCUGGCUUACAAGCAGGUAUCAUCGAUUGCAAUGUCACUACACAGUUCUGCAACGAGGAGUUCAAACAAUGGCAAGACAACCAGAGCAGCCGUCUCUGGAUCAGGGGUGAUCCAGGCAAAGGAAAGACAAUGCUUCUGUGCAGUAUCAUCGACGAAUUGACCCGAUUGAUCGGGGAUAACUCGAAUAUCUCCUUCUUUUUCUGCAAAGCUACCGACGUGCGAAUCAAUAAUGCCAUCGCCGUUCUCCGUGGCUUGAUAUAUUCUCUGGUCGAGAAGCAGCCAUCUCUUCUCUCCUAUGUACGGAGCCGGUAUGACCAAGCGGGAAAGACACUAUUUGAGGACAUCAACGCACGGAACGCCCUCUCAAAGAUCUUCACCGAUAUCUUGAAAGAUCCGGCCUUACGAAAUACUUAUUUCGUGAUCGAUGCACUCGACGAAUGCACAACAGACCUCCCUUUCCUUCUGGACUUGCUUGUCCAGGAAUCAUCCGCCCACUCGCGCGUGAAGUGGAUUGUUUCGAGCCGUAUCUGGCCCGAUAUCGAAGAGCGUCUGAACAUAGCUCCCCGGGCAGCGCCGAUUUCAUUAGAGCUAAAUAAGGCAUCUGUAUCCGACGCUGUGCGAAAGUUCAUUCGUUAUAAGGUUCACCAAUUAGCAGAAGUCAAAAAGUAA